AUGGCCCUCGGCACUGCACCUCUCAUCUUCGCCUGGCUAUCCGAUCUUAUCCCCCAGGAUCCAGAAGCGCGCAGCCUCAUCGUGGGGGUUAGUGUGGCGGGAUACUAUGCCAUUUCUGCUUGGAGCCAGGUUCUGGUCUGGCCGGCGAGUCAGGCUCCGUACUCUAAGUAUGGGUGGCAGUCGUGCAUCGCGAUCUGGGUUCUGUGCAUCGGCAUGACUUGUGUGCUGAGGUAUGUGGAUGUGCGAUACCUGCUGCCAAAGCGACUAGAUGCCGGGGAAGUGGUGGUUGCUGGCCAUGCCGUUGUGGAUGGAGAUGUUGUGCCGGCGGAUGAACUGGAUGGGAAGAAGAGUGCUGAGGUUGUGGCGGAGUGGGCAGAUGGGGAUAGGAAGGAGACACGGGAGCUGUUUGAUAGGAUGAAUGUGUAG